AUGAAACUACCCUUAUUCUGUCACAUCCUUUCCCGUCGUCAACUGUCAAUCUACUCCACCCCCUUCCCCGCUGCGCCGCCGCCACCGUCAUCGGACCAUUUUCUUUAUCUAAAAGACCUAUUCUCUAUAUUCACAGCCCUCUCAAACAAUCCCAGAAACUACAAAGCCCUGAGCACUUUAAAUUCGUUGCUCAGCCAAGCCCAUCACUUGGAUGCCGCAACUUCAGUUCUCGUAAUCCACGCUCUCUCCCAGUUGAACAAGCUCCAGAGAGCUAAAUCUCUUAUUUUCAAUCUCAAAUCCCAGGCUAAUCUAUCCCACUACUUCCUCUACAGCGUUGUCAUCGAUUCUGUAGUUAAACACGGUACGAUAGACGAGGUCGAGGCCUUCUGGGCCGACAUUUUCAGGCCUCCUACAAUCGAUGUUUCCGAUUAUGUGAUCUAUGUUUGUAAAUUCGGCGACGCGAAUGAUAUUAGGAGGGUUUCCCACAGAAUUUUGAUGGGUUGCAGCGGGUUAAGGCAACAGAGCUAUGCGGGCCUGAUUGGGGCUUUGUGCAGGGAAAAUGAGGGGGUAUUAGCCAAAGAGGUUCUUCGACAGAUGAAGUCUAGGGGGUUUAGAUGCGACGAUAUUACUUCCUUUGUGUUGUUUCGGUGUUUUUGUAGGAACGGGAAUUUGGAUGAAGCUGAUUUGAUUCUGAGGAAACUGGUGAAGAGAAGGUACCACAUUGAUGUUUGUGUUUACGGGAGUUUCAUUCACGGGCUUUGUAAAUCGGGCAAGUUCAGAGAAGCGGGUAAAUUGUUUCGAAAAUUGAUAAAGAAAGAUUGUUUCAAGGUCGAUGGGGCUGAGUUGUUGAAGGAGGGGAGGAGGGCAAUUUUUCAAUUGAAUUGUGAGGGUGUGGUUCCUGAGGUGAUGGCUUAUGAGAUUUAUUUCCGGUCAUUGUGCAGUGCUGGAAAGCUUGAUGAGGCGGAAGUGUUGUUGAAGAAGAUGAUGAAGAGGAGAACUGUGCCAGAGAUAUGUGUCCAUGGUUCUUUCGUCAAGGCGCUGUGCCGGGCUGGCAGGGAGGUGGAUGCUAUGAAGUUCUUUUAUGUGGAGAGAAAGAAAGGGCUUAUUCAGGUGGAUGAACUUGCAGGAUUUGUGAUCAAAGAGCUUUGUGGAAUAGGGAAAGUGGAUGAUGCUGGGAGGAUUUUUCAUGAAACUCUUGCAAAUGGUGGGUUUGUUAAUCCCACGGCUGCUUCUAACUGUAUACUUGCUAGUUAUUGGGAAGUAGGAAGAGUGGCUGAAGCAGAGAAAUUGUUUGGCAGUAUGCAGACUGGAGGGUUUGGAUGGCCUGAUUUAUUGACUUAUACUACCAUGGUGAGUGGGUAUUGUAACCAAGGAAAUGUUUCGAAGGCGGUCAGCUUGUUUGGAGAAAUAGCACAUAGUAAUAUCCCAGUUAAUGGAAAAUUGUAUGAGAUAAUUGUUAGAGGAUUGUGUGAUGGUGGGCGGCUCAAGGAAGCACAUAUGUACCUAAAUGAAAUGAUCAAGCAUGGGCAUAUGAUUUCUUUCACCAGAUGGAAAGCUCUUUUUUAUUCCACAUUUGUUGGUAAUAAACAUGGUUUCUCACUUGGAUUCUGA